AGUCUGGAAGAAGCUUUGAAAAAAGUUCUGAAAAGCCACCUAGAAGAUGUUGUUGUGUCUUUGCUCAAAACUCCAGCUCAGUUUGAUGCUGAGGAGCUAAGAGCUUCUAUGAAGGGGCUUGGAACUGAUGAAAAUACCUUAAUUGAGAUUCUGACCUCAAGAAACAACAGAGAGAUCAAAGACGCCAACAGAUACUACAAAGAAGUGCUUAAGAGAGAUCUGACACAAGACAUUAUCUCUGACACAUCUGGAGACUUUCAGAAGGCUUUGGUUGCUCUAGCCAAGGGUGACCGAUGUGAAGAUCCUCAUGUGAAUGAUGAACUUGCUGACAAUGAUGCCAGGGCCUUGUAUGAAGCAGGAGAGAAAAGGAAAGGAACAGACAUUAAUGUGUUUGUUAAUAUUCUUACUACAAGAAGCUACCCACAUCUUCGAAGGGUCUUUCAGAGGUACAGCAAAUACAGCAAGCAUGACAUGAACAAGGUACUGGAUUUGGAGCUGAAAGGUGAUAUUGAGAACUGCCUAACUGCCCUUGUGAAGUGUGCCACAAGCAAGCCAGCUUUCUUCGCUGAAAAACUCCAUCUGGCAAUGAAGGGUGUUGGGACACGGCACAAAGACCUCAUCAGAAUCAUGGUUUCACGCCAUGAAGUGGAUAUGAAUGAGAUCAAAGGCUAUUACAGGAAGCUGUAUGGCAUCUCUCUCCGCCAAGCCAUUAUGGAUGAACUGAAAGGGGAUUAUGAAAGCGUCCUGGUGGCUUUAUGUGGAAGUGAUAACUAAGUUUCAUGUUCCUGAAAUGCACUCAAGUCUGGUUGCUGAAGGUUUUUGUAUUUGCCUGUCUACAUGAAACACAGGCUUUAUGUGGUGAGGUUUCU